CGCAUUUGUACAAACCCUUUCCUUUUGACUCUGUCGUCAUUCUUACAUUUAGGCACUAAAAUAUUAGGGUUCACGCGUUCAUUUCUCAAUUAGGAUGUCAAAAUUGUAAAUUGAAGCUGGACUAAAAGCUUUUUGAAGCAAUAGGAACACUUUUGGCUGUCUUUCAGAAGGAGAAAGAUGACAAAGAGGUGACAAACGGGACACCGAAAAUUUAGAUUUUAGAACACUUCUUCCGGUUGUAUACUGUAGCGAAUUUUGUUCUCACUUCAAAAAUCAUAAAUUAUGACGUCACAGGAACCUUCAUACACAUUUAUCAAAGAUAUAAGGCCAAGUCAAAAGAAUCUCAACGUUAUCUUCAUAAUACUAGAUAUAGGUCGUCCGACUACCACAAAAGAUGGCCACGAAGUACGGUCUUGUAAAGUUGCUGAUAAAACAGGAUCAAUAAAUAUAUCGAUAUGGGAUGCUGUCGGUGAUCUUAUACAGUCUGGUGAUAUCAUUAGAUUAACCAGAGGGUAUGCUUCUAUGUGGAAAGGUGGUCUGACAUUGUAUACUGGUAGGGGAGGGGAGUUACAGAGAAUGGGGGAGUUCUGUAUGGUUUUCUCAGAAUUUCCUAACAUGAGCGAUCCGAAUCCCGAAUUUGUUGCUAUGUCACAGGCUCAGAUCAAAGCAACCAUGACAGGAGAAUCGUCAACUAACCUGCCAAUUCAGGAUGGCACUUCAAGUAAUACACAACCACCUACCAUAAUUCCUGGCCGUACAGGGUUGUUAGGUGCAGGGCCCCCUGGUAUGGAAAUGAGGAUAGGUAACAAUGGUAACCAACCUCCAUAUAAGGGUAAUAAUGGCAGUUAUGACCAAUCUCCACCGGUCAUGGGAGGUGGACGCAAUAGAGGUCGAGGUCGUGGUGGUAAUGGGAAUAAUGGACGUGAUUUGAGGGGUCGCCGAGGAAGAUAAAAAAACAAAUGGGUGUUGCCACCAUAAGGUUACAAGUACACAGCCCAAGGGUUGGUUGUUUGAUGGAUCACAGAAAAACUUUAUGUAUUCAUUAAUAAAGUCGAAAAAUAAUAGGAAAAUUUUCUCAAAUCAUGAAAAUAUUGCUUAUGAAUAAAGCAACAAAACUAGUUUUUGUACUUUCAA